AUGGGGGUUACUGCUGACAGCCUGUGCUUCUUAUGUGGAAAUGCUGAUGAGGAUCAAAAACACUUAUUUUUUGAGUGCCCUUACAAUUUAAGAUGUUGGCAACAGUGUUCUACUAAGUUUGGUAUGGAUAGAGCUCCUAAAUGUCUACAUGACAUUUUUCAGUGGAUUCUCAGUAAAAGGAUUACCAAGUUCAAGAAAGGGGUACUUUCCACCUUUGUGAUGUGUGUUGCAUAUCACAUUUGGAGUGAAAGGAACAAUGAUAUGUGGAACUCUCAAAUCAGAUGUAUAGAUAAGGUGCGCAAUAAUAUACUAAAGCAUGUAUAUAAUAGAGUGAAUGCAGUGAUGCCUAGGGAUGUUAGCAAUAGGGAUCACACCUGGUAUACAACCCUGCUUGCAGGGUAG